UAUGGAUCAUGAGUUUUGCUAGAGAGGAAAAUUCAUGAGAGAAGAGAGAAUCGGAUUGAAAAAGAGAGAGAGAGAGAAAAAAAAAAAAAAAAAAGCAAAAGAAAGCAGUUUGAUGAAAGAGCACAAAUAUUUGCUAGGGCUUAUCGCAUGUUUGCUUCACGCAAGCAGCUAAAUGUGGGUAUUAAGCCUUUGCUCUCUCGCGUGGCUUUAAAGACUUGUCCCUCUAUAGCGUUUUUAAUCGUCCCCACUUAAACCAAACCCCCAAAAUCCCCCACUCUAAAAAAAAACAAAAAAACAAAAAAACAAAAAAACAAGAAAGCCACCACCAAAUACCAAGCACAACAAUAUCCCUCAACCCAUUUUCUCUCCUCCCUAAUAUCUUCACGUAACACAUGUAUUUUGAUCCCUUACUAUACCAAGAAAAAAAUAGCAAAAAGAAACUUACAUAUAGCCAGAAAGCCGCAAAGGUGUAUCAAGGUUAAUUUACAAGAUAUGAACACAAACCAAAACCCUAGUAGCAGUAGUGGCGGAGGAGGGGGAGGAGGAGGAGUGGGAGGGGGAGGACCGUGCGGCGCGUGCAAGUUUUUGAGGCGGAAGUGCGUGCCGGGGUGCAUAUUCGCGCCUUACUUCGAUUCGGAGCAAGGCGCGGCUCAUUUUGCGGCGGUGCACAAAGUCUUCGGAGCCAGCAACGUCUCCAAGCUCCUCCUCCACAUCCCCGUCCACAAGCGCCUCGACGCCGUCGUCACCGUCUGUUACGAGGCCCAGGCCCGCCUCCGCGACCCCGUCUACGGCUGCGUCGCUCAUAUAUUCGCUCUUCAACAACAGGUGGUGAGUUUACAAACAGAACUCUCCUACUUACAAGCCCACUUAGCAACAUUGGAGCUUCCAUCGCCACCGCCUGCUCCGCCUCCGCCACCAUCAUCACUCAACCCCCCGCCUCUCUCAAUUGCUGAUCUUCCAUCCGCCUCCUCUGUGCCGGCGACGUAUGAUUUGUCAUCGCUUUUCGAACCCAUCGUGCAGCCUUGGUCCAUGCAGCAGCGGCAGUUGGACCCUCGCCAAUUUGGUGGCUCAACCGGCAGCUCAUCAACAAGUGGUGGUGGUGGUGAUCUUCAGGCUUUGGCUCGGGAACUUCUCCACAGACAUGGCUCACCACCACAUGGACCGGUGCCAUGUUCGGAUGCUUCACAAUCUCCAUCUCUCUCAAAAAGAGAGACUGAUCUCUGACCUAAUACACAAAACUGCUUGCCUAAAGUUCUUUGUUGGUCAUGGUCAGAUACUUUUAGAAAAGGCAGCUUGAUUUUAGGUUGUUUUCAA